CGAACUCGAAGCAGGUCACGGUUGAUUGCAGACUCUUUCUUUGACUACAGUUUACAGGAAUAAUGGCAGCCGCAAUUAAAAAUUUUGAAGGAAAAUGGAAUAUGGUCGAUUCGACAAAUUUUGAUGAGUACAUGAAAGCCGUCGGUGUUGGAAUGGUCAUGAGGAAAUUAGCAGGAACAGCAAAACCCCAACAAGAUAUAAAGGUAGAGGGUGAUGAUAAAAUCAGUAUUACUACCUCCACUACGUUUAAAUCUACUGUAAUAGACUUUUCCCUCGGCAAAGAAUUCGAAGAAACUACUGGAGACGGUAGAAAAGUGAAGUCUGUAUGUACAGUAGAUGGUAAUACUUUAAAACAUGAAUCGAAAGCACAGACCGAGGAUGAGCCUGAUACCACCAUCACUAGGGAAUUUAACGGCAACGAUAUGAUUAUGAUUUUAAAAGCUAAAGAUGUAACCUGUACUAGAAAAUAUCAACGACAAGAAUAAACAACUUAGUUUUAUAUUUUAAUAUUUUAUCUUUCCAAAUAUAAUUGGAACUAAAAUACAGCUGUAGAUAUUUUGUUUCAUUUAUUUUCUAAGGGUUCGGCAUCAAUUCUACUAUUCUGGGUCUGAAACCCACAGGAAAAUAGUGAAACAAAUUAUCUAGAACUGUUUUUAUUGUAUAUAUACCAAAGGUCAAUUAGUCUGUUUAAAAUAGCUCUGAAUCAUUUAUUUUCUGAGUGAUACUCCAUCCAUUCUAGGUCAGAGAAAAGCCAAAAACUUAGCAUGAAUGAAGUUACAUAGGAAAAUACUGAAACAAGCUCUCGAUAUUUUGUUUAUUUUCAUAAUCUUAUUGUGGAUUUGUUUCACCAAAAAACCUUCCUUUAAAAUUUUGUCGGAAAUAUGGUAAUUCUCAAUGUAAAAUUUCACAUUUACAACAAAUUCUUAUCUUGAGAUUUUUUGUGAUAUUGGCUCUAGAUAGUACACCAUUUUAAAAUCUUGAAUGAAUGAAGUAACACACAGAAUAUGAACAAAACAAAAUGUAGAUAUUAAGUUUCAUUUAUUUUCAGUGGGUUAUUCAUUCAUUCUCUAUUUAACAACAUCCUUAAGAAAAGAAUUAGGGAGUUACCCACAGAAAAUAAACAAAACGAAAUAUCUUCAGCUAUAUUUUAAUCAGAUGAAAUAAAACGUAAUUCAUUUAUAAAUCACGUAAACAAAUCUAGGGCCUGGAUUCAUCUUCAAUCUUACCAUCAAACGAUCGAAUUUCAUC